GGAGAGUUGCAGGUUGCGUUUGGACCCUGAGAUGGAUCGACACAGGUAUGAGAGGAAGAUCAGCUUUGCUGGGGUUUUGGAUGAAAAUGAAGAUUCGAAAGAUUCCUUACACAGCAGCAGUCACACCUUGAAGUCUGAUACAGGUUGUGAAGAGAAGAAAGUUCCCAGCAGGAAGAUCAGGAUAGGAGGUUCCCGCUUGCUGCAGAUUAAAGGAACCCGCAGUUUCCGGGUGAAGAGAGGGGGUUCCCUGUCGAGCAUUCGCCGGGCCGGCAGCCUAAAGAGCACCAAGUUAUCCCGUCAGGACUCAGAGUCUGAGAAUGAGGAGCUGCAGCUGUCCCACAGCAGGGACACUGUCACUGACAUAGAAGGAAGUCCUUGGAGUGCAAGUGAACCCAGUAUAGAACCUGAAGUUCUCAGCAGCACUGGGACAGAAGACAACUAUCACCGGAAUAUGACAUGGCUACAUGUGAUGAUCCUGCUGUGCAACCAGCAAAGUUUCAUUUGCACCCAUAUUGAUUACUGCCACCCUCACUGCUACCUCCACCACAGCCGUUCGUGCGCACGCCUUGUCCGGGCGAUCAAACUUUUGUAUGGAGACACGGUGGAUUCGCUUAAAGAAAAUAACUUAUUAAAUGGGGUGGCUAGAGGCAAAAAACAAAAAGAGGUGAUGAGCCUGUCUCCAGCACCACUUUCCCUGUUAAUCAAGGCAGCUCCUAUCCUCACAGAAGAGAUGUAUGGGGACAUCCAGCCUGCAGCCUGGGAGCUGUUGCUCAGUAUGGAUGAACACAUGGCUGGUGCAGCAGCUGCCAUGUUCCUUCUAUGUGCUGUGAAAGUACCAGAAGCCGUUUCAGACAUGCUGAUGUCUGAAUUCCAUCACUCGGAGGCAGUGCAGAGACUGAAUGCUAUUCUCAAGUUCCACACCCUCUGGAGAUUUAGAUAUCAAGUAUGGCCUCGCAUGGAGGAAGGAGCUCAACAAAUCUUUAAGAUUCCUCCACCAAGUAUUAACUUCACCCUGCCCUCUCCAGUGCUUGGAAUGCCAUCUGUCCCCAUGUUUGACCCUCCGUGGGUUCCCCAGUGCAGUGGGAGCGUGCAGGACCCCAUCAAUGAAGAUCAGUCUGAAAGGACAAAUGCUCGUUGCUUUGUCAAUGGCCAUGAUUCUUCUGUUGGCAGACCUCCUGAAAAUAGAUCUGGGAAGAACCGAUACGAAACUUUUUCAUAG